AUGAAACAUGCCAAUCGAAUUGAUCCAAAAGAGAGACUCUUUUUGGAUGCUGCAGAGAAGGGAGAUAAACAUACUAUGAUGAGGCUGCUACAGGGAAGUACGCCUGUGAAUGUGAACUGCACCAAUAUGUUGGGACGUUCAGCUAUUCAAAUUGCCGUGGACAAUGAAAAUACUGAAAUAGUGGAACUUCUAUUGAAAGAAGAUGGAGUUAAGAUCGGUGAUGCCUUGUUGUAUGCUAUUCGCGAGGGUGUCUUCCGAAUUGUUGAAAUGAUAAUCGAGCAUCCAACUAUACAACGAGAUAGAUUGGGAACAGAAUGGUGUCGAACUCGGCACAUGGAUGAAGAGAGUUUUGACUAUUCUCCUGACAUAUCACCAGUUAUUUUAGCAGCCCAUUGUAACCAGUUUGAAAUUCUACAGCUACUUCUUCUUCAUGGAGCAAACAUCGACAGACCACAUCAACUCUCAUGUUCUUGUAAGCGUUGUCAAGCACAAGUACAUGCAGACAGUUUACGCCAUUCUCUUCUGCGUAUUAAUACAUAUCGUGCAUUAGCUAGUCCAGCAUGGAUCUCUCUAACUAGCCCUGAUCCAGUUUUAACAGCCUUCAAAUUAUCAUGGGAGCUAGAAAAAUUGGCGUUACGUGAAAAUGAAUUUAAAGAUUCGUACAUUGAGUUGAGUCAUCAAGUGAAGAAGUAUGCGUGUGAUUUAUUAGGACAGUGUCGUAGCAGUGAAGAGGUUAUAGCCGUUUUAAACAAAACCAGUGAUUGUGAUGCCUUGUUUGUCGCUCAUGCUCACUGUCAACAACUAUUAACAUCAAUUUGGUAUGAGGGCCUACCAGGAUGGAGAAAACGAAAUGGAUUCACCAAGUUUUUAAUUUGUACAGGACUUAUAUUUUUACUACCCUUCAUGUCUGUGUAUUAUUGGAUGUUUCCUAGGAGUAAAAUAGGACAGUUAUUACGUAGUCCUUUCAUGAAGUUUUUAUACCACAGUGCAUCAUUUGGAGUAUUUUUAAUGUUACUGGUAUUUGCCUCUACUGAUAUUAGUAAUGCACCUAGUAGAGAGAUGUUACGAGGACCACAACCUUCAGAAUUAGAGUGGUUGAUUGUUUUAUGGGUCACAGGUUUUAUCUGGGCAGAGUGUAAACAGCUAUGGGAGGAAGGAUUACGUGCUUAUAUCAGACAAUGGUGGAAUUGGUUAGACUUUAUCAUGUUGUCGUUAUAUCUGGCCACGUUUUCACUGCGUUUUGUAGCCUACAUACAGAUAGAAUCAGGGAAUUAUGGUCCCCGUGAGGUCAGCAGAAAAGACUGGCCAAUGAAUGAUCCAACAUUGAUUUCAGAAGGAUUAUUUGCCAUUGCUAACAUUUUCAGUUUUGCCAGAAUCAUAUUUUUGUUCCAAGCCAACCAACAUUUAGGACCAUUACAGAUAUCUCUAGGAUGUAUGUUGAUAGACAUUGUGAAGUUUCUCUUUAUAUUUUUUCUUGUAUUAACAUCAUUUGCCUGUGGAUUAAACCAACUAUAUUAUUUUUAUAAACCAAGUCGAACUGGAGAACAUGAUGUUUUUUAUACAUUGGGAGGAAGUUACAUCACAUUAUUUUGGUCAAUGUUUAGUCUGACACCACCUAAAGAAAUAGAAAUAACAGAUGGACACCAGUUUACUAUGAUGAUUGGUGAAUUUAUGUUUAUGGCAUAUCAUGGAAUGGCUAUCAUUGUUUUAUUGAAUAUGUUAAUAGCUAUGAUGUCAAGUUCUUUUCAAGACAUUGAGAAUCACUGUGAUAUGGAGUGGAAGUUUUCCCGAUCUAAAUUAUGGAUUGGAUAUUUUGAUGAGGGUUCAACUCUUCCUCCACCAUUUAAUUUAUUUAUCAGUCCAAAAUCUAUUUAUUAUCUAUAUUGUGCUAUCAAGAGAUUUCUAUGCCUAUGUUUUUGUCAGAAUAGAAAUGAAACACGAAGACAACGAAAAAGUUCAGAUGCCUCAAGGUCUAGGAGAACUGUAGAACCAAAAGAUAAUUAUAUUUUUAAGGUAGAAUACAUUAGUGCUUUAAGUUAUUUAAAAUGUUUUCAAUGCAUAGACCUACCAGUUAUUGUAAAUAUGGUGUUAAAUGAUAAUUCUGAAGACGAGUUACAUGUGUUGUCAUCAGAUGAAAUGGGGGGUAUUAAGGAAAGAAUAAACCUAACAAGAUAUAUACUAACUAGUGAUAAUAGGGGUAUUAAGGAAAGAAUAAAACCUAACAAGAUAUAUACUAACUAG